UGUAGCCAUAAUAUAGGGUUAACAGGGCAGGAAGUGUUUCAGUACUGUAGCAAUGUAGGCCUACAUACGUAUUUAACAUUCCAGGCACUGGAAGGCAAAAUUAAAAAAAUAAUAACAUCAAAAUAUCUAAAAAUGGAGACAGUAGAAAAAAAAUCUGACUUUGUCCCAGGACAUCAUGAAGCCGAGAUCUGCUAUGAAGGUGAAGCUGACUUACACAAGCACUAUACCGGCUGUAAGAAGAAUCCAGGUCAUGUCAAUUUUAUACCUGUUGAUGAUUUUAACUUGGAUCAUCUCCCCUCACGUUACUGUGACGUAAUCAUGUUGGAGGUAAUCAAAACUUUGUCAGCCCUAACGGUCCUGAUAAAGGUCAAUUACACCAGUCUAGAAAGACCAAUGUCUGUUCCAUGCUUCAGUGGUCAGUAUCCAUUUUAUAACACCAGAGGAAGUGACGUGUUGAGGACAGGGACCGGUAGGGUGCAUGAUGUGGUAAAGUACACAGAGAGUGACAACAAGGGCACUUGUCCAUGUGGCAAGUGUCAACACUCGGACACACCCAGCAAAGUGUGGGGAGAGGCUUGGGUUGUGACAGCCACACACGUGGUGUUUGAUGACAGUGAGGCGAGACAGACCAUGUGUGUUGUAGGUUAUGAUGACGAAAAUAGUCUAGGGGUCAGUCUUGACGGCUAUAAGGUGAGGUGGGCAGACAUUUACGGAGACCGAUGUAGAUUUACAUGUGUGUCAUGUGACUUAGAAUUGGUUGAUGAAUUGGACAAGAUGAGGCGGCGCUUCAAUUUUCUACGUGGGAAAGUUAAGGACAAAUACAAGAGAUUUGGUGAUGUGGAAAAGUUGGCCGUUAUAGUGUCACAUCCUCAUGGAUGUCUAAAACAGGUCUCUGUAGGACAAUGGACACACAGACAUGAGAGGGAAGGAUUGUACACAAAGUACACGUACACAACAUGUACAUGUCCAGGCUCCAGUGGAGCACAUGUCUACAUACCGGUGUAUGGCUGGGGGUGGAGACAUCCCCACAGUGGAUCAAACUCUGUAGGAAAUUAUUGUGGGGAGGAUGGUGUUUUGUUGUGAUGAUCCAUCUGUAGUUCUCUGUUAGUUCUCUCCAAUUGUCUACUCAAUGUAAACAAACAAAAUCCUUCCAUUGAACGCGCGUGUGUGUAUAUGUGUUUGUGUGUAUGUGUGUUCUCAGUUAGAUCUCUCCAAUUGUCUACUCAUGUGUGAGUGUAUGUGUGUGAGUGUUAUGCUAAAACCUCUAAGUAAUUUCAUUUUAUUGUGUGCCAACUUGUAAUUACUUUAUUUCUUACACCAUUAUGCUAUUUGUAUUAAGUCUA